AUGCCUUUGGAUAUCGGAUGUGUAUCACCCCAGUUACAUUACACAGAGGAUGAUGUGCAUAAAGUAUUGGCCAACUACGGGAGGAAAUUGAAGGACUUGGAAAUCGAUUUGGAAUCAAUCAAGGAGUGGUUCAAAACGCAACCGCAUAUACCAGAAAUGCCUAGUGAUAGACUUAUUGCUUCAUUUUUAUUAAUGAACAAAUUUUCUAUUGAGAAAACAAAAGCAAGAUUGGAAAUGAACUAUUCCAUUCGCAACGUAAUGCCUGAUAUAUACUCCAACGGUCCAUUGCAACCAAAAUUCAGAGAUAGCCAUACUUUUUGUAAGAUAUUCGCCAUGCCAAAACUAACAAAAGAUUUACGUAGGCUUUGUUAUAUAAAAUUCGAUUAUGAUGCUUGUUACGAUCCUCACUUCAUUGUUACACGGAUAAUUACGAAUAUGGAACUACUUGCAAUUUGCGAUUUCAGUCGUGGUGAUGAGUAUAUUUGCGAUUAUACGAAUGUAAACCUGUCAAUGAUUAGUAAAAUUAAACCAACCGAUCUAAAAAAAUUAUCUACGAUUAUUGAGAAAGUGUAUGCAAAUCGAAUUCUUGUUUUACAUACUGUCAAUUUGCCACCAGAAGGCGAAACAUUGUUUAAUAUUUUUAAGCUCGCUUUGAAGCCGAAACUUCGAGAAAAGAUUCGUUUUCAUAAAGGCUUUGAUUCUUUAAAAGAAUACUAUGGGUUGGAUAUGUUUCCAAAAGAUUAUGGAGGUAACGCUAAAUCCAUAGAUGAAGCCACACUUGAUUUAGAAUUCAAAUACUCGAAGUUAUAUUACACCGAGGAUGAUGUGCAUAAAAUAUUAGCAAUCCAUGGGAAGAAUUUGAAGGACCUCGAGAUCGAUUUGGAAUCAAUGAAGGAAUGGUUUAAAACUCAACCGCAUAUUCCAGAUAUGCCCAGUGACAGACUAAUCGUUUCCUAUUUGUUGAUGAAUAAGUUUUCCAUCGAGAAAACGAAAUCCAGAUUGGAAAUGAACUAUUCCAUUCGAAAUGUAAUGGCUGAUUUGUAUUCGCACAGUCCAUUACAUCCUAAAAUUAGAGAAUCCCAUAAAUAUUAUAAACUCUUGAGUGUCCCAAAACUAACGAAUGAUUUACGAAGGCUUUGUAUCAUUAUAUACAGAGAUGAUGCAAGUCUUGAUAUGACUCUUAUCCUUUCACGUAUGAUUAUGAGUAUAGAACUUCUUGCAAUGUACGACAUCAGCAAUGGAGAUGAAUAUAUUGCUGAUUUCACGAAUUUAAGUCUUUCGUCGUUUACCAAAAUUAAACCAACAGACGUGAGGAAAAUAGUUACUAUUUAUGACAAAGUAUAUGGAAAUCGAUUUUCUGUUAUACAUAUUGUUAAUUUGCCAGCGGCUGGAGAAGCUUUGUUAAAUAUAUUUAAAGCUUGCUUGAAGCCAAAACUCCGUGAAAGAUUAAUCUGUCAUAAAGGCUUUGAGACAUUAAAAAAAUAUUAUAGCGUGGAUAUGUUACCAAAAGAUUACGGUGGAAGUGGUGAAUGCAUAAAUGAAGCUACAGACGAUUAUCAAAAGUUUUUUGAAAGCCACGAUGGAUAUUUCUCGAGAUGGCUACAAAUGCGCGUAGAUGAAAAAUUAAGACCUCAGCCGCUUAACCAGCGCGAACAACUUCCUCAUCAUCAACACUGUAAUGUGGAUUAG